UAAUGUCAACACACUCUGAUUGUAAAAAACGUCAAAGCUGCAUUUCGCUUCCCUUGCAACUUGGUGUACGCGAGUGGGUUUUGCCGCCGCCUGUGCAAAUAUCGCAAAUUGCAAUAUGUCGAGAGUGUAUUUAUUGCCAGUAACUGUGUUCUUGCUGUUCCAAAUAACAUUCAUUUGCACAUAUAUUGCGGCUAUUUUAGAAGGACACGUCGUUCCAGCUGUACCCUACAUUAGCGAUGCUGCCACAUAUUCUCCAGAAAGUUGUGUAUUUGGACAACUCAUCAAUUUGGGAAGCGUUUUAUUGGGUCUCACAAUCUAUGUCCGAUAUCGUCAAGUCCUAGAACUGUUCGGCUACCAUCCAGAUUUGGGGGAACAACUACUCAAAUUGAAUAAAAUAUCCGUUUGGUUCGGCAUAGCUUCGUGUGUUGGCAUUAGUUUUGUGGCAAACUUCCAGGAAACAAAUGUUCGGAUUGUGCACUUUUUCGGGGCAUUUUGUUGCUUUGGUUUUGGCACCUUAUAUUUUUGGAUGCAGUCCCUAAUAUCGUACAUAUUACAACCAAUAGCCGGAACGAAGUUGAAGGCGCAUUUAAGGAUAGCCAUGUCUGUUGCAUGUACGGUUUUGUUUGUUCUCUUAGCUGUUACUGGAGUAAUAUCUCAUAUUCUCUUCAAAGGAACAGAUCCUCGCAAAUGGUACCCAUCGGAUGGUGGUUGGCACUACCACGUUGCGAGCUCAAUAUCAGAAUGGAUUGUCGCAACAAUUUUCAGUUUCUACAUUUUGUCCUUCACUGAUGAAUUUCGUGAUGUUCAUUUGGGUCAUCCGCAAAUGACCCUUUUACCUUAUAGUAUUACGAUUUAAAUCUGAUUUGUCAUCAUUCGUGGAAUUUUUAUAUUUACUGUGAUAUUCUCUUAGAAGCUUUUAAAGAAAGCAUCCUCGCUCUCUGAGAUAGUAAGUAGGCCUCUAUGUGUGGCUGUAUUAUAAUCAUCUUUCAAAGGUUUAUUUCAGGGGAAAAUGAAUUCAGUGGUCCAUUUAAGUUGACGCGUACAUAAGAAAAUAUAAAAGUUUUCUCUAAAGACAGUUUAUGCAACGAAAUGUGUUUAAUUUAGCUUUCGGAAAGUUAUCCUUCACACUUAAUAUUUUGAAAUCUGAAAGAUAUUUUAUUUAUAGUUUAUUGAGAACUUUGAAAUAAAGUGUACAGUUUAUUAUUAUU